UUCUUCAUUGAGAAUGGAGAAGUGCAACAAAACUACCAGUCAACAGAUAACAGAACUACCAGUCCACUGCUGGGGAUUGAGUGUUUUCUUUUCUUUGUCCAAUUUCCAGUUCCAUCUAUUAAUUUUCUAUGAAAAUCACAUACAACUUUUAUGUCUCUUUGACAACAGCAACUUCUAUCUCUCUCUCUUUCUGUAAAGCUCUCUCUUUCCUUCAACCUCGGACAAUUUUGAUCAAGGUGGUCCAAUGGCCAGGCCUGGCAACAAGAUCAUACAAGCCAAACUGGUGGGUGCUUCUAGGGGACAUGGGAACUGGAAAAACCAGCUUGGUAUUAAGAUUUGUCAAAGGCCAGUUUUUUGAUCACCAGGAACCAACAAUAGGAGCAGCUUUUUUCACUCAGAUACUGUCGUUAAGUGAAGCCACUGUGAAGUUUGAUAUAUGGGACACAGCAGGACAAGAACGGUAUCAUAGCUUAGCUCCUAUGUACUAUCGGGGUGCAGCAGCAGCUGUAGUCGUGUAUGACAUCUCAAGCACGGAUACGUUCACUCGAGCCAAAAAAUGGGUUCAAGAAUUGCAAAGGCAAGGGAAUUUAAGCUUAGUGAUGGCGUUGGUGGCAAAUAAGUGCGACUUGGAGGCGAAAAGAGAGGUCGAGAAUGAGGAAGGGGAGCAAUUUGCUCAAGACAACGGGAUGUUUUUCUUGGAAACAUCAGCCAAAACUGCACAGAAUAUCAAUGAGCUAUUCCAUGAAAUAGCAAAGAGAUUAGCAAGAGCUUGCCCCUCAAAGCCUCCCGGAGUGAAUCUAAUCAACGAAACACGAGACAGAAGAAGAAAGUCAUUUUGUUGCUUGGGGUGACGACCAUGCACUGCGGCAGUCUGUUUCUUGAAAGAUCCCAUUUUGCCUCUUAUUGAUUCAGGGGUUGUUUUCUUCAAAGUGUUGAGAGGGGGUCUCAAAAAAUUGCUCACAGGAAAUCAAAGAAGUACUUACCUAAAAGUUUUCAAAAGUUUAAGAACAAACUUGUAACAUCUGUAAAUUCGUAUAAGCUCUGCAGAAUAUGAAUAUCCAUGCUGCCUUUGAUCAUCUUA